CAGGCCUAUAAAUUUCUCCUGAAGGGCGCGAUUCACCUCAUUGUCUUUCACCAGAGAUACGCGGAGUUGCCUAGACAAUUUACUUUUUCUUUACCUAACGUGGUGUCAUUGCUUACGUAUCAUAAGGUGUUUUUUUUUUCUGGGAACAUUAUCACAUUGCGCAUUUUGUUUUUGUAAUCAGUUUCAUCAUCAAGGCUGGGAGCAAGCAGAGAUGUGCGGAACAAACGUUGAUCUGCCAAAUAAAGGUGGUGGAAGUGUCAACCAGCUAGGAGGGAUGUUUCUCAACGGUAGACCUCUCCCAGAAUCCAAGAGGAGGAAAAUGAUUGAACUGGCCUCGGAAGGAGUCCGCCCAAGCCAGAUCUCCAGGAUACUCCGGGUGUCCAACGGUUGUGUAAGUAAGAUCCUGAGCCGCUACCGCCGUACGGGACUCCUGGAGCCCAAGACCAUUGGAGGGAGCCGACCUCGGCUUCUCACCCCCGGUGUCAUCUCCACAAUCAUCCAGUGCAAAAAGGAAAAUCCAACAAUUUUUGCUUGGGAAAUUCGAAAACGGCUUGCAGCAGCACGAGUAUGCAAGGCCUCCAAAGUUCCCAGCGUGUCGUCUAUAAAUCGGAUUUUAAGAAAGAUGCACUUGGACCACGGACCGAGGUGCAUGGAGAUCAAUGCGCACAUCAGGACUGAGCAGGAAGUAAAUGAGAGAAAGAUGUUUGAGACAGUAUGCAGUAAUGACCAGAAACCUAAGGAUGUCCUGCACCGAAACCGCACCACCUUCACCCCGGAGCAGAGCACAGCACUCGAGCAAGAAUUCUCUCACAGCCAGUAUGCAGAUAUGUACACGAGAGAGAAACUGUCAGCUGAGAUCAAACUUCCUGAGGACACCAUAAAGAUCUGGUUUUCAAACAGACGGGCUAAAUGGAGGAGGGAAGCCAAACACAGGAGUAGCACACAGAACUUUCAAAAGCAAAGAGAUUUUGUUCCUGUGAAUCCAUCAACGCCGCACAGUUUCACAUCUCAACAGAUAAAGGCAACAGCAACGUCAAGAGUCUACUGUGAAAAUUCAGAUGCCUCCCCUGCAUACAACACAGCUGCCAGGAAGUUGCAAAAUGGCUACUUCUUCCCAACAGAAACAGGUAUGGGAAAUUCUGAACAUCUGACAGCCAUCUCAGUCCCACCUUCAUUCCUCCAUCAGUCGAAUAACAUGAUGGCCCAGACCAUGACGGACAAGACUCCACUGGAUCUCCACAGAGAUAGAUUCACUUUCCCAUUGGUUCACCAUCACACAGACACAAGGACAUCCCUCCCUUUCGCAACUGAGACAAUAAGAACAGACCACCCUGUGACUCAGUGCUGGAACCAGCCGGGAAUUUCUUUUACUUGGAGCCAGUUUCAAACAGAUGAGAGGUUUCUAAUUCCCCAGCAGCCCUGGGAUGUGAAUCCACAUUGUUACCUGGACUAAAUGUGUAACCACAUUUCUAACAUUAGUGUGCAUGUUUGAUGUACAGGGUUGAAAAUGCAUUUCUCACUGGAUGACUAUCAAAAACCAUAUUUUGAGUGCAACUCAAUUUCUAGACUGGAGGGACACAUUCUAACCAGCAGAGGGCGACAGAUGACUGGAGUUACAAUCUUGUUCCAUGCACUCGUUUUUUAAAAAAUGCACUGCAGCUUCACUCAUCACUUUUCCUUGAAUCAGUACUCUUAAAUUGCCAUUAAUAAGGAGUAACAUAGAAAUGAAUAUCUUAAAUAUUAUUCUAAAUUCAAAGUUCUUGUUGUAAUUUUUGAUAAUCCCAAGGGAUCUUAAAUUAAUCUGACCUGUAAAGAAGCCAAAGUUAAUGCAACUUUAUAAGACAUGAAGUGCUGAAUAAAGCUGGACAGAUAAGAUGGUAAUACAUUUUUUUUUAGAAGUGAUGAUUGGUUUUAUUUAUGUGAGUUUCCAGGAAAUAAGGUGUUAUAUGCCAAGGUGUGAUUAAGGUUCUGCUUGAAAGGGUGUAGAUUUUAGAGAUUACAUUUAGUGCUAAUGGAGAAUACAGAAAAAAAUUAGAUUUGGAUAUAUGAGCAUAGCUUUAACUGGAUCCUCUACAGUACAUCUGGUCAGUGAUAUACAAUGAUUAUAAAAUAAAUCAUAGCUCCAUGGAUCAUUUAAGCUUACCACUGGAUAAUAUGGAUGUUAUCUCUUUUAUAGUCUUGGGCUUGCUGUUUGUUUAAGUGCAGAGGGAGGUUUCUUGCAAGAUUUCUUUCCAGGGAAGGCCAGUGGGAAAAUCUAUAAAAGUAUAGCUUCAAAAAGUCUAAACAUGACCUGAUAUCUGCUCUGCUCGGUAUCAGUUUUUAUGACUGCAACAGGGCAGAGGCAUUGAGUUCCUUUAUAUCCCUUUACUACAGUGAAGAGACGGUAAGACUCGGAGUUUCUUGAUAAUUGGUCACUGGGGGGAAAGUUGGGAUCAGAAGGCAAACAGCUUGGCCAGCAUCAUGGAAGUGGCCUACUGGCAAAAUGACCUGUCGGAAUUUAACGCUAUGAAGCCAGAUAGGUAAAUGACAUCUCCACAUGACAGUGUAUGCUUGUGUUGUGAUUUCUACUGAAAAUCUAAAUCAUCUGUAAGCCUUUUGAAUAGCUUUAGUUCAGCUAUUGAAAUGGGAACAUGAUUUUGUCCUCCUCAAUUUUAGUGUUUCUGAUAAUGAUCAGGGGGGUUAUCUACUGUAAUGGAAAGUAACGGAGUUUACUCAAGUAGUGUGCUUAACUAAAAUUUUUAGGUACUUGUGCUUGAGUAUUUUGCAUUUUAUGCAACUCUAUAUGUUAUUUAUAUAUAUUUGUACGUUUUACUUUAAUACAACUAUUUGACAGCAAAGUUACUAGUUACUUUAGAUAUUAAGAUUUUACAUAAAAAAUCAUAUGAUAAGCUUAUAAAAUAAUAUACAUUAUGGAACCAUGGUUCCCAACCUUUUUGGCUUGUGACCCCUUACAAAAAAACAGUGUCCAAUUGGGGCCCCUUGUCACACUUCACAUGGUUUCGUAACUGUUUGAGGCUCUAAGUACUUUCUGAGUACUUCUUGCAUCACCAGUUACCAAAAACCCCCAACAGUUUUUACCUCAAUAUAAUAAAUUGACACAAAAAUGAAUUUUACAUUUGGAGCAUUAAGUAUAUCUAAUCUUAUAUUGAGCAACCAAAGUUUCAGAGCUACUGAAAAGCUUAUCCAAGUUCAAUUGUAUCUCACUAAAGUAUGGGAUGUCCAAAUUUGUUAUCCAAAUGUUCCUUAAGAAUUCUAGUUAUUUAUCUCCUUCAGUGGUUGCAUUGAUGACCCCUGCUGCUUUCAGUCACUUGAGAAACGUUAUGCACUAGGAUUUGCUGCUCUUAGUGAUAUAGGAAGUUAACUGCCAAAAACUGGGAAAACAGAUUUUAAGUGUGAGCGGCUGGCAUAUUCCUUUAAACAUAUUACACAUGGGAAAAAGCCAAGACAAAGAAACAGAGGUACAGAAUAUAGCUGAAUGUAAUGUCAAGUUGUUUAUUAAAAUAGGAAUAAUACAAAGGCUACAGAAUUCAGAAAAGGUCAUAGAUACAAAACAACUCACUAACACAAAAUAGCAGCUGUUAUAUUUAAAGUUCACUGUAUACAAACAUAUAAACAGAAUGAUCAUGAAGUAAAAAUACUUAAGUAUGAUAUUUACAAAAAAUACAAAUUGUAAUUUACAGAAUGCACUGGGCUAUUUACAUAAAGGUAAAUUAAAUAACAGUUACAACGCCAUAAGAGCACACAAAACUGAUCAAUAAGCAAGAAUUUGUGAUAUUUGGUUUCACCUAUCUUACAUGUCAGUUGCCUUUAAUGAAGCUUUCUUUGUGAUUGCUACUUUAUAACUGACUUUCACUUUGGUUUUAACCUGUGCAAUGGUAUUGGAGGAUUGCAUUUGUCCUCAAAGUACAAUUAAGGCCACAGUUAUUAUUUCAUUGUAUAUAGUUAUGGUUUUUGAAACACUUGAACCAAAGGCAAAAUGAUUCAAUGACUGAUGGGAACCCGCAAUUCAUUGUAUUAAAGCCCCCAGUAUUAAUGUUUGUUCCUUUAUUGUUAUGUACUGUUUUCCAUGUGAAAUUCAGAACAAACAUGAGUAAAAGACACUGCUGUUAAUGGUAAAUGAAUUGGGAAUUAUAGGGUCAUUUUGGCAUCAUUUAGGAUAUUUAGGGCUAUAAGCAGCAUCUGGCUAUUUGCAAACUUUUGCUAAUUCAGAAAUGGUCAUAGACAGACCCAUUUGUAAGAGAGACAUCCUUUUUAUAGUCUAACUAGCUAAGUAAAUACCCUCAUCAGCAAACGUUCAUCUGACUUCUAACAAACAUCACACAUAUUAAUCAUAGUCAUUUGGGUAGCCAUGAAGCCACUGAUAAUGCACUCCUUUGCUAUCACCUGCAUUGGGUUGUUCACUUAUUUGGUGAUGCUAAUUGCAAUAAACUUGAUGUAAGAUGUUUCAGUUUUUUUGUUGUUUUAUUCUGUAAAUAAAACUUUCUUGUAUUUCAAUUAAAUGCCUAUAUUUGAUUUGGAUUUUUUUUCAUGAUUUUAACAUGGAAGCACAUAAUUAUGAUAUAUGCAUCACAGAUAUUUGACAAAUUUUUGUGUUUGUGCAUGUGUGUGUUUGUGUAUAUAUGCACAGUAAAUGCAUGAUAAACAAUACUACGUUAGCCCGAAACAGGCACUCUUGAAUUAAAAAGUUAAAUCAU